CGUGUGUUUCCAAAAUGGCGGCAGCGAUGGAUGUGGAUACCCCGAGCAGCACGAACAGCAGCGCGGGCAAGAAGCGCUUUGAAGUGAAAAAGUGGAAUGCGGUAGCUCUCUGGGCCUGGGAUAUUGUGGUUGAUAACUGUGCCAUCUGCCGGAACCACAUUAUGGAUCUUUGCAUAGAGUGUCAAGCCAACCAGGCGUCUGCUACUUCUGAAGAGUGCACCGUUCCGUGGGGAGUCUGUAACCAUGCUUUUCACUUCCACUGCAUCUCCCGCUGGCUCAAAACACGGCAGGUGUGUCCGUUGGACAACAGAGAGUGGGAAUUUCAAAAGUAUGGGCACUAGAAAAAGAGAAUUCUUCCAUCAAGCUCAACUGUUUCAUUAGCCAUUUAAUGACUUGCCCUCCUGUUACUUAAUUAUAAAUUAUAUAGAACUGUGUUUUUUUUCUGCUUUGUCUUUUCAGUUUGCUAUUCCUGUACCUAUAUUGUAUUCUGUGUCAAAUAAAAUCCAGUUGGAUUCUAGAAGAGAUGCCGCCUCUUGUGUAUGUGAAAAAAGUGAACACAAAGGGACCCCUCUUUCUAGGUUGGAAAGCCAGCUUUUGAAAGUGAGAUGUUUGCUCGUUAGAGCCAGAGCAGAGCUGUCCUGAGAGAACGUCUCUUGGUCAUGAGCAAGCCUGGUCCACAGCCCAGCUACCGAUGGCAGUCUUGGGCAAGUCGCCUCUCUGCUCCGAGCUCUUCUUCUGUAAAGUGGCUGCUGAGGACUAAAUGGCGUCAUGUGGGCACAGAAAGAGGCUUUGUGAACUGUUAAGAACACUAUACAAAUGUUAACUUUGUGUAUGACAUGUUGCUUUCUCUUCUUAGUUUAGAAAAGUAAACUUGAAGAAAUCUGAUAAGUAAUCUUGGCUGCCAAAGGAGUAAUCUAUGAACUCAAGUUGGAAAUCGAUGUUAUUUAAAAUUGAGUUAACAGGAGAAUUCAAGUUUCCUUCCCCACCACCACCCUUUGCAAUUUGUUUAAAAUGCCUUGGCCAUGGAAACAACUGCCAGGUCUAAUACUAAUUCAAUGGCUAUAUAGUCUUUAACUGAGAGGCAGGUUAGUUUACUGCAGUGGUUCUCAAAGUAUGGGCUGAGGACUUCCGAGGGUACCAGAAACCCUUUCAGGAGGUUCACAAAAUUCCUUUUCCAACUGCAUGACUGUACGAGGCCAGCUUUUCUUUAUAUCCUUCAACCAAAGCAACCUAUUGAAUGAAGAAGCAGAGGUGAGGAUCCGGCUGUCUUCUACUAAGUCGGAUAUAAAAGAGAUUUGCAAAAAUGUAAAACAGUGCCACUCUUCUAAUUUUUUGUUUUG